AUGAUCAACACUAAGUUUGUUAAGUUCACCUUUUUGAUUGUUUUAUUUAUAAACGUAGUAUUUUUUACGAAGUAUUAUUCAAGACAGGAAGCCAAAUUGCAUGAACAGGCUAUCCAACAUGUUGCAUCCAUAAAUUACCACACAGACGAUGAGGUAAAGGUUCCAGAUGACAAGGUUUAUAGUGAAAUGGAAGCCAACCAAAAGAUUUCUCAUCUUUUAGAGCAAGUGAAGAACGAUAAGGAGAAAUAUUGGUUGGCCAACACCGAAAUUUCAGAACCUAAUUUGAAGAUCAAAAUGAAGGAUUUUUUGACUCCAGAUGAAGGUGAGCUGAACUGGGCUAAUAAGCCAACAUUAUUCUACGACCCAAGAUUCACCCUUUCGGUGUAUUUAAACGAAAUAAAAGGCCAGUUACAGACCAAGAACCCAAAGAAUGAAAAGUCGAAGGACCAUUUGGUUACCGUCCCAUUUGCUUGGUCAGAUUGGGUCGACUUGACUAUGCUUAAUGAAGAAUUGGAAAAGGAAGAAAGCGAAAGACUCGACUGUGGUUGGUUACAAAGCGAUAUUAACAAGCCUACUAAGCACCCAGAAUUUUGUAAAAAUACCAGAGAUUUGACCAAUGAGGAAUUACGGGAAAUUGGCUUGCCAUCGAAGUCAUUUUUACCUGGAUUUGCAGUGAAGUCGUCUCCUAUGAAUAAAGCUCCCCCAAAGCAAGUAAUGAUGCAGGGUAAGGCUCAUUUAUUAGCUUACCAAGAAAAUCCAUUAUCCAUUAUCUUCUUGACUAAGAAUGGUACAUAUGAGGCUCAAGUUUCUGGUAAGAAGAGAUUAGUCCACACAGAUAUGUUUGAGCAUUUUUUAGAAAGAAAACACAUCAAUGCCAACCAUAUUGAUGAUAUGGAAGACCAAACCAUAACUGUUAAUCCAAUUGAUGAGUUUAAGGAUUUGCAAAGUGCCAUAAAACCUAGACCUCUUGAUUUGAACGACGAUAUGUAUAGAAUGUUUUCCAUUACUAGACAAAAGGAUAAGAAUGCUAGCCGUGAAAUAUAUUUAGACACUGAAGCAUUCAACUAUAAUCAAGAACAAGUUGAUGCUCAAAUCGAAGAAUAUGAAACUAGAUUGAACAUUUUAGAUGAUUUAAUGACAAAUGAAUUGCGUUAUGAUGCACAUCAAAUUGAAACUAACAUCUUGAACAGACAUGAAAUGAAUCAUUAUAAGGGCUUAAAGUAUUCUAAUUCUAUUUCUCCUCAAGAUGAACCAACUUACUAUAAAUUAGCUACGUUGAAGAAAGACAAAAAUAAUAGAGAUGCAGGAUGGCAUUAUGAAUGGAGAUUUUUCAAUGGUGCUUUACGUUAUUUAAAGGAGGGAUAUACCAUGAAGCAAUUAGAGAUUAGAGAACAAAUCAUCUUGGAUAGAUUAUUGAGGAACUGGUUUAGAUUUGCUGAAGAAAAAGGUAUUAUUUCAUGGAUAGCUCAUGGCCCAUUAUUAUCUUGGUAUUGGGACGGUUUAAUGUUUCCUUUUGAUAUUGAUAUUGAUAUUCAGAUGCCAUCUGCUGAAUUAAAUAGAUUGUCUCAAAAUUAUAACAUGACUUUAGUGGUUGAAGAUAUUUCGGAAGGAUAUGGAAAAUACCUUAUUGACUGUGCUACAUUCUUGCAUCAUAGAGAUAGAGGUGCUAAAGAUAAUGUUAUCGAUGCCAGAUUUAUUGACAUUGAUAGUGGUACUUAUAUCGAUAUCACUGGUCUUGGUAAAAACAAUGAAAAGGCACCAGCGGAGUAUGAUACUUAUAUCAGAAAUAGACAGUCCAAGGGUGAAGAAGUUCAAUUAUAUAUGGACCGUCGUAAGCAUUGGUUAAACUUCGAAAAAAUUAAUCCCUUAAGGUACUCCAUGAUCAGUGGUGUUCCAGCAUAUGUACCAAAUGAUAUAAUGGUAAUGUUGAAUUAUGAAUAUGAUAAAGGUACAACAUCUUAUUUCUUCGACGGUUAUUAUUAUGUCCCUCAAGUUAGAUUAUGGUUGAAGGAAGAACAAUUAACUUUCUUAUUCGAAGAAUCUGCUUAUAAAGAUGGUGACAAAAUCAAUCCAGAUAAGUUGGCAGAAUUAAUCAAGAAAAUGACCAUAGAUCACAAGGUAAGAUUGCUUGAAUCAAGUAAUGAUAUUUUAAUAGAAUAUUACUUGACUCAAAAGUACACAGCAUAUCAUGAAAUUGAGAAAAAGUUUUUGUUAAAUCCAUCAUUACAGCAUUCCAUUUUAGAUUUAAAAGAUAAGACCGAAUACCAUCAAUUGACGUCUAAGUUCCAUAUGGACAAACCAUUAAGAAAGUCGUUAUUUGAUUACGAAUACAUUGAACGUGUCAAGCAUAAUGAUUAA